CACGGGCUAAAAGAUUGAUUACACCUUCAUUUCUAUGAUUAACAAAUUACACCCUUCCUUACUCUCUAAUUAAACGCAGCAGUGAAUCCAGAUCUACGAUACUACUCCUACUCAAAAAGGGGAAAAAUAAAUACACUACAAAAAACCCUCCUUCUCUCCACUCCCUCAUUUUCUCUCUCCUAAAAUCCUCUCUAUUUUUUAUUUUCUCUCUCUUGUUCAUCUGUCGAUUUUGGAUGCAAAUUCUGCGCUUCACUUGAUCUACCACUAGUGUUUUACUUUUCAGAUCUGAAGCGAGAAAUAUUUGAGUGAUGUUGACGAAGUUCGAGACAAAGAGUAACAGGGUUAAGGGACUCAGUUUCCACACUAAGAGGCCAUGGAUCUUGGCGAGUCUUCACAGUGGUGUGAUCCAGCUAUGGGAUUACAGAAUGGGUACACUGAUUGACCGAUUUGAUGAGCAUGAUGGCCCUGUUCGUGGUGUUCACUUUCAUAAAUCUCAGCCACUAUUUGUGUCAGGAGGUGAUGAUUACAAAAUUAAAGUUUGGAACUAUAAAUUUCACAGGUGUCUAUUUACUCUACUGGGACACCUUGAUUAUAUUCGUACAGUGCAGUUCCACCACGAAAGCCCUUGGAUUGUGAGUGCCAGUGAUGACCAGACUAUUCGCAUAUGGAACUGGCAGUCGCGAACAUGUAUCUCUGUCUUGACAGGACACAACCAUUAUGUUAUGUGUGCCUCAUUUCAUCCGAAAGAUGACCUUGUUGUGUCAGCAUCUCUUGACCAGACUGUUCGGGUCUGGGAUAUCGGGUCACUUAAAAAGAAAAGUGCAUCUCCUGCAGAUGACUUAUUGCGUCUGAGUCAGAUGAAUACAGAUCUUUUCGGUGGGGUUGAUGCUGUGGUCAAGUAUGUCUUGGAAGGUCAUGACAGGGGUGUUAAUUGGGCUUCAUUUCAUCCUAGUCUGCCCUUGAUUGUUUCUGGAGCUGAUGACCGCCAAGUGAAAUUGUGGCGUAUGAAUGAUACAAAAGCUUGGGAGGUGGACACGUUGAGAGGACACAUGAACAAUGUUUCCUGUGUCAUGUUCCAUGCCAAACAGGAUAUUAUUGUAUCUAAUUCAGAAGACAAAAGUAUUCGUGUCUGGGAUGUAACAAAGCGGACCGGCAUUCAGACAUUUCGUAGGGAGCAAGAUAGAUUUUGGAUUCUUGCAGCUCAUCCUGAGAUGAAUCUCCUGGCUGCUGGUCAUGAUAGUGGGAUGAUUGUCUUCAAAUUGGAGAGAGAGCGUCCUGCAUUUUAUGUCAGUGGUGAUGCCAUGUUUUAUGCUAAAGACCGUUUCUUGAGGUUUUUUGAAUUUUCAACUCAACGAGAUACUCAGGUUAUUCCUAUUCGCCGGCCUGGCACCACAAGCUUAAAUCAGGGUCCUCGGACUCUUUCUUAUAGUCCUACAGAGAAUGCUGUCCUUGUAUGUUCUGAUGUUGAUGGUGGGUCUUAUGAGCUCUAUGUUGUACCUAAAGAUUCGUUUGGUAGGGGUGAUACGGCACAAGAGGCAAAACGAGGUGUUGGAGGAUCUGCUGUUUUUAUUGCUCGUAACAGGUUUGCAGUGCUUGACAAAAGCAAAAAUGAAGUGCUGAUAAAGAAUCUGAAGAAUGAGACUGGGAAAAAGAGUGUCCUCCCUAUUGCCACUGAUGCAAUAUUCUAUGCUGGUACGGGCAACUUGCUCUGUAGGGCAGAGGAUAAGGUCGUUAUAUUUGACCUUCAACAAAGGAGUAUUCUUGGUGAACUUCAAACCCCUUUUGUCAAGUAUGUUGUCUGGUCAAAUGACAUGGAGAGUGUUGCCUUGCUUAGUAAACACGCCAUUGUGAUUGCAAGUAAAAAGCUUGUGCAUCAAUGCACGCUUCAUGAAACGAUUCGAGUCAAGAGUGGAGCCUGGGAUGAUAAUGGAGUAUUCAUCUAUACAACUCUAAAUCACAUCAAGUAUUGUCUUCCUAAUGGAGAUAGUGGCAUUAUUAAAACGCUCGACGUUCCAAUUUACAUCACCAAGGUUUCUGGGAAUACAAUUUUUUGCUUGGAUCGGGAUGGAAAGAACAAGGCCAUAGUUAUUGAUGCAACAGAGUAUCUUUUCAAGCUAUCUCUGCUGAGGAAGAGGUAUGACCAUGUGAUGAACAUGAUAAGAAGCUCUCAACUUGUGGGGCAAGCAAUGAUAGCUUAUUUGCAGCAGAAAGGAUUUCCUGAAGUUGCUUUGCAUUUUGUUAAAGAUGAGAGGACCCGUUUUAAUUUAGCUCUGGAGAGUGGAAAUAUUCAAAUCGCUGUUGCUUCAGCGAAGGAAAUUGAUGAGAAAGAUCACUGGUAUAGACUAGGGCUGGAGGCUCUUCGCCAGGGUAAUGCUGGUAUUGUAGAAUAUGCUUACCAGAGGACAAAGAAUUUUGAGAGGCUGUCUUUUCUUUAUUUAAUGACAGGAAAUGUGGAAAAGUUAAACAAGAUGUUGAAAAUUGCUGAGGUAAAGAAUGAUGUUAUGGGUCAGUUUCACAAUGCCCUUUAUUUGGGUGAUGUGGAGGAGCGUGUGAAGAUUUUGGAGAAUGCGGGGCAUUUACCUCUGGCUUACAUCACUGCUUCAGUCCAUGGGCUGAAUGAUGUUGCUGAGAGGCUAGCUACUGAGUUGGGAGAUGAUGUUCCGUCCUUACCUGAAGGUAAGGUCCCCUCUCUAUUGAUACCUCCUUCACCUGUUGUGUGCGCUGGAGAUUGGCCCCUGUUGAGAGUGAUGAAGGGGAUCUUCAGCGAAUUUGAUACUGUUAACAGGGUCGAUGCUGAAGAGGAAGAGGAAGAGUUUGGUGGUGAGUGGGAUAAUGAUUUAAAUAUGAAUGAUGUUGAGAAUGAGGAGAUGGCAGAAGAUUUGGUUGACGAAGAAGUAGCUGGCGAUAAUGAGGAACCGGGAUGGAUCUUGGAGGAUUUGGAUCUUCCCCCGGAGAUAGAUACUCCAAGAGCUUCUGUUAGUGCCCGUUCAGCAAUAUUUGUUGCUCCAACUCCUGGCAUGCCCGUCAGUCAAAUCUGGACUCAAAGAUCAGCUCUUGCUGCUGAGCAUGCAGCUGCUGGGAAUUUUGAUACUGCAAUGAGGUUGCUGAAUCGGCAACUUGGGAUAAAAAAUUUUACUCCUUUGAAACCCAUGUUCCUAGAUCUUUAUUCUGGUAGUCAUAGUUAUUUACGUGCAUUUGCAUCUGCUCCUGUUAUUUCUGUGGCCUUGGAAAGGGGUUGGACUGAGUCAGCCAGCCCUAAUGUGAGAUGCCCACCGGCCUUGGUGUAUAGUUUAUCCCAAAUUGAAGAGAAACUGAAGACCGGUUACAAGCUCACAACACAAGGCAAAUUUUCGGAUGCCCUUCGGACCUUCUUAAGUAUGCUUCAUACUAUUCCUCUGAUAGUUGUGGAGUCCAGAAGAGAAGUUGAUGAUGUUAAAGAACUGAUUGACAUAGUAAAAGAGUAUGUCUUGGGUCUCAAGAUGGAAACUAAGAGAAGGGAGCUGAAGGACGAUCCAAAGCGUCAGCAGGAGCUUGCUGCUUAUUUCACUCAUUGCAAGCUUCAACCUACUCAUUUGAAGCUGGCCCUGCAAAAUGCUAUGACCGUUUGCUUCAGAGCUAAGAAUCUCCUCACAGCUGCUAGCUUUGCCAGACGGCUCAUUGAGACAAAUCCCAGUGAGCAACAGCAAAAGCUUGCCCGGCAAGUUGUACAAGCUGCCGAGAAGAACAUGAAUAAUGCAGUUGAAUUGGACUAUGAUUUCAGAAAUCCUUUUGUGACAUGUGGGGCCACAUUUGUGCCAAUUUAUCGUGGUCAAAAAGAUGUCUCAUGUCCUUACUGCACUGCACGGUUUGUUCCAAGCCAAGAGGGGCAAAUAUGUAAUGUUUGUGAGCUCGCUGUGAUCGGAGCAGAUGCAUCUGGUUUGCUUUGUUCCCCAUCUCAGGUAAGAUGAGCAACCUCCCUGCUCAACUGAGACCAUUUGUAAACUCAACCCUCUCUGCAUUGGCUCUAUUCUAUGGCAUUGCUUUCGCAUCUACCAAGGAAGGUUAUAUCCCGAAGAAUCAACCUCAACAGCUACACAUGUAAGGAUAUUGGACAGGAAUGAAUGUUUCUUAACUUGCUUUAUGAUGUCAAUUUUUUUUUUUUUACUUUCUACCUUUAGUUUAUUUUACGAAUUCAGAUGUAAUAAACUCUGGAAUUUUGAUUUUUAGUCAUUCAUGUUAGAUGUUGAUAGACAGGAAUGGCCAAAGGGCUCGUGUUAAAUUAGAUAUGGUCAUAGGUUCGACGACGUCUGAACAAUUAGUUAUGCAGAAAUUUGGAGAUUUAAAUUUUGUGAUAAAUUUUAAAGUAUUUGCUGCCUGUGAAAACUGAAUAAUUUGCAUCGUUUUCCAAGAUUCCAACUCUCAUUGUUGGUAGAAUAUUUGAACAUUUCUAUUCAAUCAA